AUGGAGCCAGACCCUAUCUCCGAGCUGCCGCGCCCCAAAGGCCGUCAACGCGCCAAAAAGGCCUGCACCGAGUGCCGUCGCCGCAAGCGCAAGUGUGACGGCCACUCGCCCUGUCUCAUGUGCUCCCAGUACGACUACGUCUGCCGCUACGAGGAAGAGGCCGGCCUCGUGCACAGCCUGCCAAAGCGGCCCUUUGAGGCAGAUUCCAGGCGCGGCGAUGCCUCCAACGCCUUCCGGGUCUCGUCGCCGUCGCCUGAAGACUCCAGCCGGCAGGAUCCGAAGACCCCCACAACGCCCGUCUCGCCUCUCAACCGCGGCGUCAUCGAGCCCGCCAAGCGCCGGUACAUGAGCCAGAGCUCGGCCGUGGCGUUUCCCAACCAGCUGGGCGUCGAGCUCAAGUCGCCGCAUCCGCCGCGGCUUCACUCGUUUGGCUGGAACUGCGGCAUCCGGUCCGAGGAGCAGGGCUCCGUCCACACGCCGUUGACCGAGUUUGUCUCGUGGGAUGAGUGCCGGCGCUAUGCAGAGGUUUACUUUGCCAAUGUCGAUGCGCCCUUUCACCUCUUUGACAAGGCCAAGUUCCUGCAGCAGUGCGAGGUCUAUUACAGCGGGCCGAACCAGCAUCUGGUCCUUGGGGCCGUCAUUGGCGGCGUCGUUGCUCUCGGCUCGCUCUUUUCCUUUCGCCAGGGUCAUGCGCUCGAGUCCGAGAUUGUCAAGCAUGUCAAGGAUGUUUUAGAGGACUCGGUUUUCAGCCGUCUGCCCUCCGUCGACCAGGUCAAUGCCUGGAUUCUGCGGACGCUCUAUCUGCGCGCAACUACACGGCCGCAUCUCACGUGGCUUGCGUCUUGCAACGUCAUGCAUCUGGUCGAAGCUGUUGGUCUUCACCGUGACAUUGACUCUGAUCUCGUCACUCAGACCGUCGAGGCACCGGCUGUGGAGGACGAAGGGCACAAGAGAACCUUUUGGAUUGCGUGGUCCGUCAACACUCUGAUCGCCUACGAAUACGGCCGCUCAAAGAUUCACUUUGACGGCGUUGAAUCUCGACUGGUCCCAUUCGCCGACGACAGCGAUGCUGGCCUCCAGGUUCGCAUGGCUAGAGCCUUACCAAACGAGGGCUCUGGCGGCGAUGUUGUCAGCGUCAGUAGGUCGCUUGAAAACGCCAUCUUCAAACUGAGCGAAUUGGGAGACAUCAAGGGCUUUCCAGCUCUCACUCGAGGCGAUAUUUGCUUUUGCCUCUACCGGCGCCUCCGCCUCCUCAAGAUCAGCGUCAGCAGAGACACCGUGUCCCAUAUCCUGACCAUUGGCCAUACUGCCGUUGAAGCAGCCUCUGAAUUUGCGCAGCGAGAGAUUCCCUGGUGGAAUGUACUCGGCACAACCUUUCAGUUCUUCUGCGUGCUUCUCGCCAUUGACAACUACGAGAGUCUGGCUCAGGUUUCGUGGGUUCACGCCAAGCUUCGAGAGGUCUAUCACAGGUUCGAGACACGCAUGGGCUUGGAAGCACUCGAGGCGGCUGCGACGCUGAGGAAAGCGCUGCUGACCAAGAAGCAGCAAGAAAUCAACCUGUUGACACCGGAAGAUCAAGUCUUUGCUCCCUUUCCAGAGAGGGAGUUUACUCCGGAUUGGGACGUUGUGUUGAAUCCAUACUACACCACGGGGGCCUUUAACUUUACCGAUUUCGGUGGAGUGUGA